GAGGAACAACAAAGUAAUGUUUGCUAAUCCGCUGAAUUCCAGCUAACAACCAAACAUAAACAUCUUAGAAUAUACAAUCUGUAACUAAUUAUAUGUAUGGGGUUCAUUACGAGUCUUGUCAACUGACAGUUGACAAUGGGAAGAGAAAGCUAAUGGGUUGUGCGUGCGUGCUUUUUCUUAUUUGUGUGUGUGUGUGUGCGUGCUUGUUCUUGUUUGUGUGCGCGCGCGUGCGUGCUUAUUCCUCUAGCUGUGUGUAUGUGGUUGUUCUUGUUUGUUGGUGUGUGGGUAGUGCGCGCGCGUUUGAUCCAGGAAUCAAGAAAUCUGUACGCCGCAUUGAACAUCCUGUUUCUUUCAUUUAUAGUAAAUGAAAAAGAUUACACAAGUAACGCUGAAACAACUGCCAUAGAAUAUUUGGUCUUUGAAUUUGAAAAAUCUUUAGAAACACAGGAAAUAAAGCAUGACUUACGCAUUGAUUGCUCAGGAGGCUAAAGCUGUAUUUCUAGGUUUUGUCCAGGAGAAAGCAAGGUUAGAAAAUGAGGAAAUUCGUUCUGAAGCCAAGGAUAUUAUUUCUAAGGAUGAAGUUGAUGCAAACUGUGUAUUAGUUGGGAAUCAGCUGGCUGAAAUUGGAGAUAAAGUGUAUGAGGAACAUCGAGAAACAUUUGAGUUUAUGGCUAAUCUAUUAAAUAUAAACAGUGAUUCAUUAGUUGUACAGUUUAUAAAUAUUGUUGACCUAAUUAAGUGCUCAAAUCUAGGAAGAAUACUGGUAGUGUUCUGCUUUGCAUACUAUCUGCUAAAACAAUUUACGAAACAAAUAUUUCAAAUAAUUCUGAAGUGUAUUACGAAUUUUGUGGGAAUUAGUCUUGCACGAUGGAUACAUAAUCAAGGUGGAUGGACCGCACUUGUUCAAAAACCAACUAAGAAAUGGAUUAUGGUUGCAGGUGUAGCUACUGCAGUAAUAGCUGGCUUUUUGGUGUGGAGAAAAUCAUAGACAAAAUUCAUUAGAGUUCUAAUGUGAUAUUCUGUUUUUAAAAUCAUAAUUAUAUUUUAUAUUGCACAUUUAAAAAAAAAACUGAAUUGGGUGGAAUAAAUAUAUUAGUUUUAUUAUAAUGUAAAUCAAGUUUAUACCAUAUAAUCUUUUAAAUUCAUAUCUCGGUUUAUUUCAUCUUAAAAUGUAUUAUAUAAUACUUUUUAUUGCUGCUAUUAUCAGCCACCACCUUGUCAAUGACUGCUAAAAGGACAUAUACCACCAAUGCCAUCACCAGCUACUACAAUGUUGUUUAUCAUCAUUGCCAACAACACUUGUGUCAGCUACUGUUAGCACAAUCACUGGACUGAAACGAGGUUACAGCCCAUUCAGCUAUUCAAAUAGCAGAGUCUUCAUUGACACAUUUCUUUGACUCUAUCUUUCUGAAAAUUGGGUCAUUGUACCUGGAAUAUAUAAAGGUUUUUCAACUUUCCUCUCUAGAUGGUUAGAAGCUAUCCGUAGUCUGCUUUUCAUUUGUGAAAUUAUAUAUCACUUUAUGUUACUUUAACUCAUUAUAUAUGUCUUUACAUUGUCUUAAAAUUCAUUCCAUUUAUAUUUCAACAAGAAAUUAAAACAAAAACAAAUUGAUUUAUCAAAUAGCCG